AUGCGCAACAGGGACCAGUUCUACCUACGUGAUGUAGUCGAGACGCAGGCGCCCUACGAAAUACCCUACGAAGCUGCGAAGGUUCGGCGGGUGCGGCACCGCCGGAGUUCGAGCUUCACCUUGAACGCGCGACAAUGGUCUGCCAAGAAAUCUCGAAACACCAUCGAUUUGCCCGUGCGCGGCGUCGAGAACGACUCCCCGCGUUAUUCCACGUCCGAAGCCUCGACAAGUCGGAGCGAUCAGAGACUUGUGCUGCAAUCGGGCCACAGUGAUAUAUCAGACGUGCACGGACAGCUGCUUGCACACGAGCGGCCUUUAUCGCAUCAGCGGCGACGUUCCCACGAUAGGCGUCAAAAUCCGAUUGGGUUGACGGUGUUACACGAGCCCAGCAAUCCUUCGGAAAGAGCUGUAGAUAUACUAUUCGUUCAUGGGCUUGGUGGCACAAGUCUGCAGACUUGGUGUCACGGUCGUGACUUGGAUAACCUGUGGCCUGAGCGAUGGCUUCCUUUCGAGGCUGGCUUUGAAACGGCCAGAAUCAUCACGUACGGGUACAAUGCACAUUUCUCAUCGACGAAGGAUCAGGCUUCGCUGGCGAUUGGAGACUUUGCCAAUGACCUCUUGUUCCGCAUGAAGUAUGAAGAGCUGGGUAAGCAUCGCCUCGGCGAGGUCCCUAUCAUCUUUGUUGUUCAUUCUAUGGGCGGGCUUGUCUUCAAGAAGGCCUUCAUCCACGGCCUUUUGAAUCGAGACUUCCACGACAUGAUGGCCAUGGUCACAUCAGUGUUGUUUCUGGCAACGCCACAUCGUGGGACGGACCUGGCCGAAACAUUGAAUAAGGUACUCACAAGCUCGAUCUUUGGCCACUCGUCGAAGGACUACGUCUCAGACCUUGCUCGGAGAAGCCCGACUAUCAACGAAUUGAACGAGUCGUUCCGCCAUCACGCAUCUAAGCUCCAAGUCUUCUCUUUCUAUGAGACCAUGAGUACUACUAUUGGCCCGGUGUCGACCAUGAUCCUAGAGAAGGACUCGGCUGUACUUGGGUACCCAGGAGAAACACCCCAGCCUCUGAUGGCCAACCACCACGAAGUGUGCAAGUUCAAGGGGACUGAUGACCCGAACUACGCCGCUGUGGUUGGUGCACUACGCAGUGCUAUCAGUGCCUCUACUGUGCGGAUUCCUGACAACGGUUUCGAAGACGAUUUAAAGAUUGUUAAAGACGCCCUAGGGGUGUUGGGGGCCCCGGAGGACGACAUGGCUGUGGCACGAUCGGUGCGGAAAGAGCGCACAUGUGAUUACUUUCUGAGCACCCGCGAGUUCGUGGACUGGCGACAUUCGACAGCUCCUGACCUCUUGUGGGCGCACGCCCACCCAGGAAAUGGGAAAUCAACCUUGUGCGCCUUCACGGUUGACCGCCUGAUAGAGGAGGGCGUCAUCUGCGCUUAUUAUUUUUUCAAGUUUGAUCACCGCGAGAGAACCUCGGUCAGCGGUAUGCUACGAUCUUUGGCUCUCCAAAUGGCAAUGGCUUUGCCGACCGCUUGCCAAGUGUUAGCCGAGGUGGCCCGCACCAACGUCCACUUUCAUAGGGCUGAUGCAUCGAGCAUCUGGAAAAAGUUGUUCUUAUCGGCACUUGGGAGUGUGAGAAGUGACAGGCAGAUAUUCUGGGUUAUCGAUGGCCUCGACGAAUCCGAAUCGAGCAGGAAGGUGGUGGAGCUUUUGUCCGAGAUAGGAGCCUUCGCCACGAACAUCCUCGUCCUGGUUUUCAGCCGUUCACAGCCAACAACCAGCCAGGCUAUGCAGAAAGCUCGCAAGAAAAUAAGGAUAACGGAGAUGGAUGUUUCAAACAACCGACAGGGUAUCCGUUUGGCUGUGCUGGAGGAUAUCGAAUAUUUACCAUCCGACGAAGGCUUCAAGCAGGAGACCACCGAGGAAAUUACAAGAAGAUCGCAGGGCAAUUUCUUGUGGGCGAGCCUGGUUGCGAGCCAGGUUGCUCAUUGCCACCGUCAGGCUCAAGUGAGGCGGAUACUCGAGGUGACCCCCGAUGGCAUGGAUGAUCUGUAUGACAGAAUGCUCCUUGCCGUCUCGAGCCUCGACUCAUCUGAGGACCAGGACCUCUCCAGGAUCUUACUAUCAUGGGCAAUGUAUGCCAGGACGCCUUUGACGGUAGAUGAACUGUCCGAGCCCUACCGCCGUGAGCUCGCCUCACUCAUUGAGCUGAAGCACACCGUGCAUCAUGUGUGUGGCCAGUUCGUCGUCAUCGACACAAACAACAGAGUGACAUUGGUCCAUCACUCUGCACACCCACGAGGACCUACUUGGAAAGUGCCUGGUGGCUCUUUGCGACAAAGAUCUGCGAAGAUGGUGUCGCUCAAAGUACCCCAAUUCCUACACUACGCGGCGACAUCAUGGGCAUUUCACUUGGAACACUGCUCAACCCAGUCUGACCGUAUUCUAAAUGGGUUGGUUCAUUUCUUCAGUGGCAUCUUUGUGUUGUCAUGGAUCCAGUACCUUGCCAUGUGUGGUCAUUUGUCAGAUCUGCCCGCAGCAUCACGGAGGCUCAUUGUUUACAUUGCCAAGGUGCGGAAAUGGGAUGCUGAACGUCCACCAAUACUUCAUCGAUUGUCCAACUUGGCUAUCCUUGAGUUAUGGACGACAGACCUUUUGAAGAUUACUGCCAAGUUCGGACGCAAGCUGUCGGAAGAUCCCACCCUAAUUUUCAAGUGCAUACCUGCUCUGACUCCCUCGUCGUCAGCCAUUUAUCAAAAAUUCGGAUCCAGCUCUUCCACGACGUUGUCAAUCGUCGGUGUACCGAACGAGGAGUGGGAUGACUGUCUUGUGAGGGUACCAGGAAACGGUGGUAAAGCUCUGAGGCUUGCGUCUUGCCUUCGUUUUCUAGCCGUUGCAGCGGAAACUCCACGAGGCGCAUUCUCACUCUGGGAUACGUCGCUCUUUCGAAGACGCAAAAGUUUCAGUAUCAAACAACGGAUCACGGAGAUCGUAUUCGAUAGCUCGGGGUCACUCAUAGCCUGCUGCGGCGUCACUCGAACAUGUAUUUGGAGAGUCGACGAUAGCUCGUUGGUGGCAGAAGCAAAGAACCCCUUUCAAGAGCGCGCAGUUGGCUUGAAGUUCGACGGCCGCCAAACUCUGCAUAUGGUGUCUGAUCUUCGUCGUGUCUACAGCCUUCCUUUCAAGGACACCACGGCAUGUACAUGGGUACAUUUGAAUUGUGAUCUCCUGGCGGAGAAGGACCUCCCGCCAGGCGUGUGGCUCGGCAGCCCUCAAACGGUUGCUUUCAACAGCGACUGUACCGCAAUUGCGAUAGCUUACAGGUCCUUCCCUCCGACGGUCUGGGCCGUCGACCCACCCAGAGUCAUUGCUCGCCUCAGAGCACGGAGCCUGUCCCAGACAGAUCUUUCGGAAACUUACAUUGGGGGCGAAGCGAGGGUUGUGUGGCACCCUUCUGAUACCCAGGUACUCGGGAUACACGGGGAGGUCUCCAAGUGGACACCGUCGGACGAUGUAUACGAGGUCGUGAAUGGAGGGACCGGGUCCAUACCUAAUGCCAUUCAGUGUAGUCCCAACGGGCUCGUCUUCAUCACUGGUGAUGUAGAGGGCACGAUCAAGAUCUACGAAGUAUCGUCCAUGAGUUUGGUAUAUACGUUGUCAUCAGAGGAUGGCAUCAAUCGCAUCUGUUUCAGUUCCGAUAGCCUCAGAUUCUACGAUCUUCGCGGGGCUUAUUGCAACGUCUGGGAGCCGAAUUGCCUUGUCAGGCUUGCUGAUGCUUCCGCGGAAAAGUUCAACGACGGGGCGAGCACCACCGAUAGUUUCUGGUCGGAUACGGAAGACGCGCGGAGCACAUCGAUUUCUCUCCCAGCUUCUGAAAGCCAUGACCAGAGCAAGCCGCGCGUCGUGGCGCUGGCUCACACAGCAGACAACAAGAUGGUGGCCUUCUCGAACAUUGAUGGGUCUUUAGAGCUAUUCGAACCGCAAAGGAACGCGCAACAUGACCUUGCAAAGUCCACAUUCGGUGUGUUUGAGCAUUUGGAGUGGAGCUCUCAGCAUGGCGGCUACCUUGUACAGUCUGAGUCGUACGGAGCAGUGUCAGUCUGUAAAGUCUACGCUGCCACCGGCCCGAGAGCAGUCCUCGAAACCCAGAAUGUCUAUCACGAAAGCAAGUCCCCUGAGACGCGUGGGAGCACACGGCAACUGCUUUUUGGGCCAAUGGAGGAGCUUCUGCUCGUAUAUGGCGAACGCAAGACCCAGGUCAUCAGGAUUGCAACCGGCAAGGUCGAGGCCGAACGUGACACGCCCCCGGGUGAGCUCGCGGCCUGGGCAGUCCAUCCCUCUUCGCCUCAGCGGCUCAUUUGCCUCGCAACGAACGCGAUCACCGUUUACGACUGCCGCCGGCAAUACGGGUUUGUCGUCAUCCCUACCGACGCGAUACCCACCACCGAAGACACCAACACGAAUUCGACGAAGGCGAUCAAAGCCUUGCACGUAGAUGAAGCUGUUCUCGAUGCUAUCGAAUAUCCCAUAGGCCUCUUGCCUGAUGGCCGCAUCGUGUUCCUCGACGAAUCAAUGUGGGCUCGAUCAUUGUCGCAAGAGGAGAUCCAGGUCUUCAGGGACCUCUUCGAUUCAUAUGACACGGAUAAGGGCGGCAACAUCAGUGUGGAGGAGUUUGCCAAAGUCAUGUCUCAAAGCCCGGGCAAGCCUCCUACCGAGGCAGAAGUACAGCAGAUCAUCAAAGAGGUUGACCUUGACGGAGAUGGCACCAUCAACUUCAAUGAGUUUAUCACCAUGAUGACGGGUCAGCUGUACCCACCGCAGGAAGAAGGUGCCGAGUACACUGCCGCCUGGAAGCAGUUCGAACCCUCACUCAAUGGCUCCAUCAAUGCGAGUCAGUUGCGACAGCUUAUGGCGGGGCUGGGGGAGCCGGUCAGUGAUGUCGAGGUCGAGCAGCUCAUCAACAACGUGGAUGGCGAGGGCAAGCUAAGCUAUCGGGAGUUUAUGCAUUUCGUGAAGAACAGAAACGUCGAGGACGAUAUAGUCAGUGGGUACCAAUGA